CGUUUUCAAAGGAAAGGUCAUGAUCGACCGUAAAGAUGUUGAUGUGGCUAUAAAGAUAUGCCACCCAACGACUGAGAAGAUCUCACCUGAGCAAUUACUUGAAGCGAGAACAAGCAUGAUUAAGGAGGCGAAACUUAUGGCAGAAUACAACGAUCCAAACAUUAUUAAGUUCUAUGGAAUUGCAUGUGAUAGGCCUCCACUGAUGAUUCUCAUGGAGUUAUGUUCUGGAGGAAGCUUAGAUAAUUUGUUGCGGAAACGAGGAAAGGACAUCAGCGAUACGGAAAAGAGCAUAUAUUUGUACGAAAUAUCUUGUGGCAUGCGGUACUUGCACUCGAUGAACUGCGUUCACCGAGAUCUAGCUGCGAGAAAUUGCUUGAUUUCCAGUAAUGGCAUUGUGAAAGUCGCUGAUUUUGGUUUGAGCGUCAUGCUGGAGAAGGGGAAGACCAUGUGCAAGACAAUAAUAAAGGAAGCCCCUAUAAGAUGGUUUGCACCAGAAUGUUGCCAUAAAACACAAUCCUUUUCUAAAAAGACAGAUGUUUGGGCAUUUGGUACCGUUAUAUUUGAAGUGUUUAGUAAUGGAAGCAAGCCAUUUGUUGGAGUGGAAGACCUAGAAAUAAUUAGAGCCAUAAGAAAGGUUGAAAUGCCGGCUCCACCAGAAGGAACGCCAAAAGAGAUUGCCGCCUUACUCAAGCAAAUCUGGGUGCUGAAACCAGAUGAACGGCCAUCAUUUUAUUCGAUAGGAAAACGAUUGCGAGAGCAUAUCUCAAGCAAGCCGAAAAUUGAUCCGAUCGCCAUGAUUGUAAAUCAACUGGAAGGGGUCAAAAGGACUGUGGCAUUGUUUGAGGAUACGCAGAAAACAGUAACUCUGGACUCUUCACUUGUUACCAAUUAUGAGGUUUGCAUACUAACUUUGCAAUUCAAGCGUUAUGAAGCUCUCUACAGCCACCAAAACCAUGAAAGCACUCGAGCUUCUUUAUCUGUCUACAACUGCCUAGCAUUUGCAAGUAAAAACGAAAUUGACAAACUCUCUCAUCUAAAUUAUAAUUAUUAA